CUCUCUCUUUCUCUCUCUCUCUCUCUCUCUCCAAAUACAUAUAUACAUACACACCCACAUAUAUAUAUAUAUGUAUAUAUAUACUCCUCUGUAUUCAUUGUACUCAUUCAAAUCUCAUUUUGUUCUUCGAAUUCGUAGUCGCAUUGGUCAAUAUGGGCAUCGGAUUGAAAGCUGUUGUAGUGUCCUUGUUCUUGUCAUCCCUGGUUUUGCCUCUGGUGUUUUCUGCACCCAAUGAUGGCCUGGUUAGAAUUGGACUGAAAAAGAUAAAAAUUGAUCAAAACAACCUUCUUGCUGCUCGGCUUGAGUCCAAGGAACGGGAAGUGCUGAAAGCUUCUACUAAUAAGUAUAAUCACCAUGGUAAUCUGGGUGAAGCUGGGGAAUCUGAUAUCGUAGCACUGAAAAAUUACAUGGAUGCUCAGUACUUUGGGGAGAUUGGUAUUGGUACUCCCCCACAAAAAUUUACUGUAAUCUUUGACACUGGCAGCUCUAAUUUGUGGGUGCCUUCAUCAAAGUGCUAUUUGUCGGUUCCGUGUUUUUUCCAUUCCAAGUACAAGUCAAGCCAAUCAAGUACCUACAACAAGAAUGGGAAAUCUGCUGAAAUUCACUAUGGUACCGGGGCUAUAUCUGGAUUUUUCAGUGAAGACCAUGUCCAAGUUGGUGACCUAGUUGUGAAGAGUCAGGAAUUUAUUGAGGCAACCAGGGAGCCCAGUAUCACGUUUUUGGUCGCCAAGUUUGAUGGUAUUCUUGGUCUUGGAUUCCGUGAGAUCUCAGUUGGAGAUUCUGUCCCAGUGUGGUACAACAUGGUGAAACAAGGUCUUGUUAGGGAGCCUGUAUUUUCAUUUUGGCUUAACCGAAAUACAAAAGAAGAAGUAGGGGGCGAACUUGUGUUCGGUGGGGUUGAUCCAAAUCACUACAAGGGUAAGCACACAUAUGUCCCAGUGACGCGGAAAGGUUAUUGGCAGUUCGAUAUGGGUGACAUUCUCAUUGGUGGUAAACCAACUGGGUACUGUGGUACUGGUUGUUCUGCAAUUGCUGAUUCUGGAACUUCUUUGUUAGCUGGUCCAACGCCUGUGAUCACCAUGAUAAAUCAUGCUAUUGGAGCCUCAGGAGUUGUUAGCCAGCAAUGCAAGUCGGUAGUUGAACAGUAUGGGCAAACAAUCAUGGACUUGCUUGUAGCAGAGGCACAACCAGAGAAGAUAUGCUCUCAAAUUGGAUUAUGUGCCUUUGAUGGAACUCAAAGCGUCAGUAUGGGCAUUGAGAGUGUAGUUGAUGGGAAGAACAGUGGAAGAACUACUGGUCUACAUGAUGCUACGUGCGCUGCUUGUGAAAUGGCAGUUGUGUGGAUGCAAAACCAGCUUAGGCAGAACCAGACUCAAGAUCGUAUAUUGACCUAUGUCAAUGAGCUUUGUGAACGACUUCCUAGCCCGAUGGGAGAAUCGGCUGUUGAUUGUGCGAGCAUUUCUUCAAUGCCUACUGUUUCCUUUACCAUUGGCAGUAAAGUUUUUGACCUCCCACCAGAGGUGUACAUACUCAAGGUGGGUGAGGGUCCCUCGAUGCAAUGCAUUAGUGGCUUUACAGCUUUGGACAUUCCUCCUCCUCGUGGACCCCUCUGGAUCUUGGGUGAUGUUUUCAUGGGUUGCUACCACACCAUCUUUGAUUAUGGUAAUCAGAGGGUUGGAUUUGCCGUAGCAGCAUAAACGAACCUGGGUCGGUAUGGCUCAACCAUGUUCCUUUCUUCCCAUGCUCUUUGAUCUUUGAGUGCAUUUGACAAAACCUAAAUGAGUGUUCAUAAAUGCUGGAAUGAGAAGGUGCUGGUAUCAACCUUCAAAACAUAUGCUUAGAUGUGUAAGUAUUUGAGUGCUUCCUUUUCUCUAUCAAUAUAAGAAUUACAGCAAUGUUAGUGUUUGCUCUUUGCAAAUUGAGUUAUGUUCUCUAUGUGAAGGUAUAUGUAUAUCUAUCUAUCUAUAUAUAUACAUAUAUAUCUGUUUUGGAUUGUCUG